AAGAAAAAAACAAAACAAAACAACCAAUCAAUGAACCAGCAAAAUCCGGAACUGUGCAAUAAUUAAGAGCCAGUCAUCUGGAAGUCAGAAUACACAGGAGGGAUGCUGUGGCCAUUAGCCCGGAUCGCACUGAGGCACUGUGCACCCAAAGCUUCCAGGAAAGAUAUGGGAGAAUCAGCAGAGGCGGCUGAGCACAGAAUGACUCUGGGGAAGUUGCCUCUGGAAGAGCCAAUCCCUGCUCUACCUCAGUAUGACAGCACAAUGCGGCUCUGACAUGUGCUGCCCCCUGCUGAGCACAUAAUGGGAUGUCAGCAGUGACCCAGAGCACUAGCACUCCCGUCAAUGUAAAAAUGUGCCUGUUUGCAGCCACUUCUACCACCAGCAGCGGCCGCGGAGCCUGAGCUGCAAGGAAGACAGUGCUCACUAUCAAAGGUGUGUGUCUCCGAUACUCUGUCCAACCAUGGCGGACUACUAUGACGUUCUAGGGGUGCAGAGCUACGCGUCACCAGAGGACAUAAAGAGAGCUUACCGAAAAGUGGCACUUAAAUGGCACCCUGAUAAAAAUCCAGAGAACAAAGAGGAAGCAGAGCGAAAGUUCAAAGAAGUCGCCGAGGCCUAUGAAGUAUUAUCAAAUAGUGAAAAACGGAACGUUUAUGAUAAAUAUGGCAAGGCGGGACUAAAUGGCGGAGGUGGAAGUCAUCUUGAUGACGAAUGUGAGUAUGGUUUCACAUUCCGUAAGGCAGACGAUGUCUUUAAAGAAAUGUUUGGUGAAAGGGACCCAUUUUCAUUUCACUUCUUUGAAGACUCACUGGAGGAUCUUUUGAGCAGUUCAAGAAGCUCCAACAGAAGCAGAAGCAGAGGCACAGGAUCCCUUUUCUCCCAUUCCUGUGACCACCCAGUGUUUACCAGGCUUUCUCCUUAUGACACAGGAUAUAUGUCUUACGUUUCACUGGGACAUGAGGGCCUUACUUCAUUCUCUUCCCUGGCAUUUGAUGAUACCGAGAUGGGCAAUUACAUACCCAUUACCCCUUCAGGCAAAACUGUUAAUGGAAGAAGAAUCAACUCAAAGAAAAUUUUUGAGUACCCUCAAGAUAUAGAAGCUGAAGAUGACGAGUUGAAAUCCUUUCUUGUAAACAGUGUGGCAGAGGAAGAGGGCUUUGCAGAAAAAUGGAACUGGAGAAGACAGUCAUUCAACAAUUAUUCACCAAAUUCCCACAGCCCCCCAAAUAUAUCACCAUGUACUCUUGUGGACAACACUGAACAAGGUACACCUUGGGUUGCCAGCAAGAAGGAUCCUUCCAUUUUCUCAGCAGGAUUCAAAGAAGGCGGUAGGAGGAAAAAAAAGGGGCAGAAGAAGAGGUCAAAUAAAAGGAAUCGCUAAUUCACUCUUUAGACACAUGAUA